UUCAUUUCGCGAAUCGAACGUCAGUAGCAUGUCCGUCAGUGAUUCUGCGCACGUGGUUUGUGGAGUGAAACACACGCUGGUCUUCUGUCCAUCGCUCAAACACGACCUGACCGCCACAGGAUCCCGACUGUAUCCUGCUGUUCAUCAGAAAUAACGUUUGACGUCAUGGCGGAGCGGGUGUUGGUCGUGGGCAGUGGCGGGCGCGAGCACGCGCUGGCGUGGAAGUUGGCGCAGUCUCCUCACGUUCAGCAGGUCCUCGUGGCUCCUGGAAACGCCGGCACUGCCAACAGCGGGAAGAUCUGCAACUCGGAGGUGUCGGUGAACAAUCACACAAUUUUAGCUCAGUACUGUAAAGAUCAUCACGUGGGACUCGUGGUUGUUGGUCCAGAAGUUCCUCUGGCUGCUGGCAUAGUGGACGAUCUGACGGCCGCUGGCGUCCCGUGUUUCGGCCCGUCGGCGAAGGCGGCGCAGCUGGAAGCCAGUAAGAGUUUCUCCAAGUCCUUCAUGGACCGUCACAACAUUCCCACCGCCCGCUGGAGCUCCUUCACCGACCCGCAAGACGCCUGCCAGUACAUCCGCGGUGCGGAGUUUCCCGCUCUGGUGGUGAAAGCCAGCGGUCUGGCUGCUGGGAAGGGCGUUGUUGUCGCUCGCGAUAAAGACGAGGCGUGCCAGGCGGUUCUGGACAUCUUGAAGGACAAGGCGUUUGGUUCUGCUGGCGAGACUGUGGUGGUAGAGGAGCUGCUGGAAGGGGAGGAAGUCUCUUGUUUGUGCUUCAGUGACGGCGUCACAGUGUCGCCGAUGCCACCGGCACAAGAUCACAAGCGUCUGAUGGAUGGAGACCAGGGACCGAACACGGGCGGCAUGGGCGCAUACUGCCCUACACCACAGGUGUCAGAGGAAGAGCUUCAGGAGAUCAAGAGAUCUGUUCUGCAGAAAACCGUGGACGGCAUGAGAGACGAGGGAACGCCGUAUGUGGGUGUUUUAUACGCGGGACUGAUGUUGACUAAACAGGGGCCGAAGGUCCUCGAGUUCAACUGCCGCUUCGGUGACCCCGAGUGUCAGGUCCUGAUGCCGUUGCUGAAGUCUGAUUUAUAUGAGGUGCUGAAGAACACGCUCCAGUCGGACCUGAGCUCGAGUCCAGUGCAGUGGCUGGAGGACAGCGCGGCCGUCACUGUGGUCAUGGCCAGCGGAGGAUAUCCCGCCUCGUAUAAGAAGGGUCUGGACAUCACCGGUCUGUCUCGGGUGUCAGAGAUGGGCAUUCAGGUGUUCCAUGCGGGCACUGCGCUUAAGGAAGGAGGCGGGGUUAUUACGAGUGGUGGGCGUGUCUUGACGGUCACCGCGGUCCGGCCCACCCUUGAGAGCGCCUUACAGAGUGCCAAUGAAGGCGUAGCAGCGAUCAGCUUCCCUGAUGCCGUGUACCGCCGCGACAUCGGCCACCGCGCCAUCACGUACCUCACCCGCACCAGAGGACUGACGUAUAAAGACAGCGGCGUGGACAUCGCUGCAGGAAACCGACUCGUGGACUUGAUCAAGCCUCUGGCCAAGGCGACAUCUCGACCAGGGUGUAACGCGGAGCUCGGCGGGUUCGCGGGGCUUUUUGACCUGAAAGCUGCAGGAUUCGUCGACCCAAUCCUGGUGUCGGGAACAGACGGAGUGGGAACCAAACUGAAGAUCGCUCAAGCGUGUGGCGUCCACAGCACUCUGGGACAGGAUCUGGUGGCCAUGUGUGUGAAUGAUGUUCUGGCUCAGGGAGCAGAGCCUCUGUUCUUCCUCGACUACUUCUCCUGCGGACGUCUGGACGUGGGAGUCGCAUCUUCUGUCAUCGGUGGCAUCGCAGACGCCUGUCAGACGGCCGGAUGUGCUCUGUUAGGAGGAGAGACGGCGGAGAUGCCGGGUGUUUACGGCCCCGGUGAGUACGAUCUAGCGGGCUUCUGCGUCGGGGCCGUGGAGCGAGGGGCCGUCCUGCCCAGACUCAAGGACAUCACAGAGGGAGAUCUGCUCAUCGGUGUGGCCUCCUCUGGGAUUCACAGCAACGGCUUCAGCCUCGUGCGCAAGGUCCUGGAGCGGGCCGGCCUCCAGUACGGCUCGCCUGCUCCGUUCGGACAGCCCGGACAGAGUCUUGGUGACGUGCUGCUCACGCCCACGAAGAUCUACAGCCGCCUGCUUCAGCCAAUCCUGCGCAGCGGAGCCGUGAAGGCCUACGCCCACAUCACCGGCGGCGGGCUUUUGGAGAAUAUUCCUCGCGUUCUCCCGCCAGAACUUUCAGUGGACCUGGACGCGUCCCGCUGGAGGAUCCCGCCCGUGUUCUCGUGGCUGCAGCGGGAGGGCGGCCUGUCGGAGGAGGAGAUGAGCCGCACCUUCAACUGCGGUCUGGGCGCCGUGCUGGUGGUCAGCAAACAGGACGCUCAGAGGGUCGUCCGGCUGCUGCGGGCCCAGGAGGAGGCGUGGAUCGUGGGAUCGCUCGCUCACAAACACCCCGGAGCGGAGGCUGUGCUCAUCAGAAACCUGGAGCGGAGUUUAAAGGACAGUCCCGGACGCUCUCCGGACACCAGCGCCCUCGAGAACGGAGCUCUUCACGGGGAACACGCCACACGCAAGAGGACCAAAGUGGCCGUUCUGAUCUCUGGGAGCGGAACAAACCUGCAGGCCCUGAUGGAGCAGGCCAAGAAACCCUCGAGUUCGGCGGAGAUCGUGGUGGUCAUCUCCAACAGACCGGGCGUCAUGGGGCUGAAGAGAGCGUCUAUGGCGGGCAUUCAGACGCGGGUGGUGGAUCAUAAGCUGUACGGCAGCAGAGCCGAGUUUGACGGCACCAUAGACCGAGUCCUGGAGGAGUUCGGGGUGGAGCUGGUUUGUCUGGCGGGUUUCAUGCGAAUCCUCACGGGAGCCUUCGUCAGGAAGUGGAGUGGGAAGAUGCUGAACAUCCACCCGUCGCUGCUGCCGGCCUUUAAAGGAGUGAACGCACAGAAACAGGCGCUUCAGGCCGCCGUCCGCAUCACCGGCUGCACCGUACACUUCGUGGCCGAGGAAGUGGACGCAGGAGCGAUCGUCGUACAGGAGGCGGUUCCCAUCCUGGUGACUGACACCGAAGACAGCCUAUCAGAGCGCAUCCGGGAGGCGGAGCAUCGCGCCUUCCCCGCGGCACUAGAGCUGGUGGCCAGCGGCGGCGUGAAGCUGAGGGACGACGGGCGGGUCGUGUGGAACCAGAGCGUUCAGGGAUAGAUCCGAACGGACCGAUGACACUAAUGGAUGCAUGUUUCAUGAAUUUCGUUGACAUUCCACAUCGAAUCAUUCCAGAAUGUUUAUAAAAACUCGUUUCUUCUGCUGAGGUUCAUCUUUGUAGUGCAGAUUCUGAACACUAUUAGUCAGAUUCACUGUUGAGGAAUAAUAUUUACUCACGCCUGAGAAUUAGUCACGAUGAACUUUAUUCUCUGCAUGUAACGAGAUCAGUAUUUGUUCUUGGCAUUAAACUUGCACUGAUAAACGUGA